AUGCCGGCGAAGAGCGGGCGACAAGCGUUGUAUUCGAACUACCGUCGCCGAAGACGACCGUUGAACGCUUCGUGCAUGCCGAAGAACCAGCGCCCGCAAGGGUGCGGGCCACUGCUGCCACCGAUUGGCACAGGAGGCAAGCAGGUGGUCGUCGUGGACCACGUAGCGCCGGAGCUGGACAAGAUCCGGCACUUGUCCGAGUACAAGUCGGACCUUCCCUGCGUCCAGACUGGGACGUGCCCCGUGCCGGUGUUUCGCUGUUCGAAAGGCCACGUGUGGGAGCCGAACGGAACACCGGUGUGCUUCUAUUGCCCCAUCUGCGCUGACACGAGGAUCACGACGAGGAUGAAGAGAAAGCGAGAUCUGGAAGCGAUGCAAGAGAUCGCCCGAGGGAAAGGGGGAGAAUGCAUCGCCGAGGAGUACCUUGGUAUAGAUGAGAAGAUCGCUUUCCGGUGCGGCGAUGGGCACGAGUGGCUAACUUCGCCGUCCAACUUGGUCUACAAAAAUACGUGGUGUCCCAAGUGCGCCGCCCUUCGUUCGGUCGAGCGCAAGAAGCUCACCCUCGCGGACAUGCACCAGACGGCUCGGCAGUUCGGAGGGGUUUUCCUGAGCCCCGAGUACAAAGGAGCGGCGGUCAAGCACGAAUGGCGGUGUAAACGAGGCCACACGUUCUGGAACACGCCGAACAACGUCCGCCGUGCCGAAGGAGGUCGCCGAGUUGCCACUUUCUGCAAGAUAUGCACGUCGAUGGAUAGGAGAAUACUCAAGGCGGCCGUUUUGGGAGGGCUGGACAAGGACGACGCCAAGAGCACGUUGGACCAGUUGAACGCGGUGGGCGCCAUGCCGAUAAGGCGGCAUUUCUUGAAGAAAAGGGCGACCGGGAAGUCGACUCUGGCGGCACAGAGGCGGAAAAUGAUCCGCAUGAACAACAGGAGCAGCAGCGGCAGUCCAGCAAAUACCACCAGCAAUAUUAGUAGCAGCGGGGAAGCCCCUGUCCGAUGACGGUAGUACAUGGUACGCAUACCGGUAAAAACUGCGGCACAGCAGUUCCCAAGUAUCAACGCCGCCCUUCGGCGUUUUGGGAUGCUGAUGCAUUUCCAGGCGACGUGUGCGUCGUUUAUGUUCUACAUAGCCCAAAUGUAAGCGAUCUCGCGGGAGACCUUGCGCACAGGACUAAGCCAAGACGAGUGGUGCAAGCAUGAUGGCACGCGAUAGGCGUGCCAUCAGGUGUUAACCGACUCCUUUACUUUUUACUCAGAAAGGUACAAUCGUGGUAUUGUGUGUAGCUCAUCAGGGAGCAAAGGGGGCCCGUCACACCGCGACCUGGGUGAGUCACUUCCGGUUGUUCUUUUGUGAGAUGCAAGGGUGUAAGGGAACGGGAGAUGUAGGGUACACCCCGCUCGCGAAGACGGGAGAGGAGGGGCAGCGGAAGGGAUGACGUGUGCACUUCCCGUUUCACCCGAUGCAAAAACUUGUGUUUGUGGUGUACAUCCUCGAUCUGCAGUCUCGGACUGCUGUGGGGUGCGCCCUGAGUGUCUGCUGCUGCUGUGGAACGUUCUGUAGGAACAGUGUUUUCCGCUCAUUUUGGAGUUCUGGGUGUUGUGUGCGUUACCGCAAGGGUGUAGAAAGCGGCAGCAGACUUU